CCUCUGCUCUCAUUCGCUGAGCGCUCAUCUGUCUGCACCGGACCCCCUCCCGUCUCCUCUGGCUGGACUCACUCACACGUGUGAACCGCUGCAGAGCUGAGGCUACACGUCAGGGUGAAACUUGUUCCGCCUCGUAUACUUUCCCUGAACUAAGUGAGUUCCAAUACUACGUCGGCUGCUCCAAAUUCUAUCGUCGGGACCUUGAAAGCCGGAGGGGGAAAGCGGUGUAGACUUCCACACCACCACCGCAGCACUAACCCAAGCAGAGAGACAGGACUUUAACAGGAAAACCUGACCCCGUCCCGGGACCCCCACACGGAUUAUCACAACCUGGAACUUUGUAAACCAUGCAUUUACUCGGAGUAUCGGUGGUGCUCGUAUACUUGAUCUGCAGCAGCCUCGCCAGUGACGAGUUCAGCCAGACAGACUACUAUGAUGACUACUACGAGCAGGAGCAGGGAGACGAGCCGGACGCCCCCCCGGAGUCCGACAUGGAGCAGAGGCUGCGCUCGGCUUCCAGUGUGGACGAGCUCAUGAACCUGGUCUACCCCUCCUACUGGUCCGCACUCAAGUGCCGCUCUAAGCUGUCGACGGCGGCCGGCGGAAUGGGGGGCAUGGGCUCCGGUGCCCAGGCCGCCUUCCGCCUGUCAGGGGCCCAUGGGGCCCCCACACGGCCCCUGGAGGAGCCCGGCUACGCGGCCGCCUUCUACAACAUGGACGUCAUGAAGAGCAUUGACGCGGAGUGGAGGAAGACCCAGUGCAUGCCCAGGGAGGUAUGUGUAGACGUGGGCCGAGAGUUCGGGGCUCCCACCAACGUCUUCUAUAAACCGCCCUGUGUGUCCGUCUACAGAUGUGGGGGCUGCUGCCAGUCUGAGGAUAAACAGUGCCGGAACAUCUCCACUGGCUUCCUCAGCAAAACGCUCUUUGAGAUCACGGUGCCCAACACCCAGGACACCAAGCCGGUGACCAUCAGCGUGGCCAACCACACCCGCUGCAACUGUCUGUCCAAACCCGACGUCUACAAACAGGUCCACAGCAUCAUCCGCAGAGCCCUGCCAGAGUGUCCCAUAGCCAAUAGGACGUGCCCGUUAAGCCAUGCCUGGAACAGCAGGCUUUGCCACUGUGUUGCUAAGACAACCACCUGGCAACAGAACCACCCUCCACCACCUCCUCCUCCACCUCUGAGGCCUGCCCCGCAGCACAUAGACAUAUUCGCAGCCGAUGUGUGCGGUCCAGACAAGGAGCUGGACGUGGAGAGCUGCCAGUGUGUGUGUCGCCACGGUGAUGGCGCCGCGGCCCCCUGCGCCCCCCACCAACACCUGGACCGCAACACGUGUCAGUGUGUGUGCAACGCCCGGCCCCCCUCGGCCUGCCCGGCACACCACGUGUUCGACAGGGAGAGCUGCCAGUGCGUUUGCGAGCGCGCCUGCCCCCGGCACCAGCCCCUCAACCGGGCACGCUGCUCCUGCGAGUGCAGUGAGUCGCCCAACAGGUGCUUCCUCAGAGGACGCCGCUUCCACCAGGCCACCUGCAGCUGCCACCGGCCCCCCUGUGAGCCCCGGAGGAGGAAGUGUGAGGAGGGCUACUCCUACAGCGAGGAGGUGUGUCGCUGCGUGCCCUCCCACUGGAGACGGCUGGACUGAGAGACCCCCAGACCCUCCCUAUACACCUGCUACUCUUCCUCUUUACCGCAGCCUAAUCAGGAACCCAAACCAUUUGCUUAGCCAAUCACACCUAAGCACCCCAGCCCCGCUCAGUCCAAAAACAGCAGAAAAUGAAAACGAAAAAGUAGGACUUUUUAGUUUUGUUGAGAUCCCUUUGAACAUGACUGUGUGUGCUGACGGAUCGGGAUGAUAGGGAGUUGGGGGAGUAACUUUGGAUGAGUGAAAGUCAGAAGGAGCAGGGUCCAUGUGGUGGUUUGGUGCGGGUCUUACUCUCACAGACAUUUGCGUGGGAGUGCCCCCCAGAGACCACCAGCAGGCCGGCGGACCCAUCGGGCCUUUUUAGAUUUGUUCAUAUUGUCUGAAUAUCAAAGUAUUGAAGUUUAAAAUAUUUCCAUUUUUUUUAUGAAUGCCGUAUUAUUCUUAAGUCAGAUAUUGAUUAUAUAAUUUAUUAAAAUUUCUUGUUUUCAACCUCUUUGUUUAGGUGCCAUUUUUAGCAUGACAAUACACUGUGAUCAAUAUGUUGGAACGUUUAAAGUAUAUGUUGUCAAAUAAACAAUACGUGUGUAUAUUGUUAAAUUA